AUGGUUUGCCGUUGGGCGUAUUUGGUGAUCACUGCUGCCUGCUUCCGAAUUUCGACUGCGAAGGGGCCAGCAUCAGGGUGGGAUGACAGCCUGCUGUCUCAAUGCCCACAUCAGGGGUCCAUGGUUUAUUCUGAGUAUGGCACGUUGACAGCGGGGUUCCCAAUCGACACUAAAGUCCCAAGCACAGACUUUGCCGAUAUUUCUUUCACGAUGAUCGCAAGCUUGUAUGUUUUUGAACCCGUCCCCGGCAGCUUUACAUGUUGGCUUGGGAACGGCAUGACGUCGCCGGGUGUCGUUAGUGGACAUCUGCACCUGUGUUUGACGGACACGCAAUUGCUCCUCGGGUUUUGGAACAACGAUCUUGUGGCCAACUAUGCCUUUCCUGCUGAGACCUGGGCAACAGUUUCUGCAGUCUAUGACGCGAGCAACCUAACACAGCGUCUAUAUGUGGACGGCACAUUGGUGGGCUCCAAGACAAACGCAGGAACAUUUAAAGGCCAAUCGACUCACAAUGUGGAGAUCGGACGGUCGUGGAAUGAUCCAACUAGCUUUGACAAAAAGGGAGCGAUACGAAAUGUGGUCUUUUAUACGGAAACGAUUGAUGCAGCUGAUCUCGAAGCCUGUGCAGCGGACCCGUGGAUGACAAUAACAUCUACUACCUCUGGCACGCAGACGCUGACUUCAACUACUUCGACAACGAAGAGCACAUCGUCCACGAUUUCGUCCUCAUCGACGAGAUCCUCCAGCUCCACGUUGACAACAUCCAGCACCUCUGGCACGCAUACGCUGACUUCAACUACUUCGGCAACGAUGAGUACUUCGUCCACCAGUUCGUCUACGGUGAGUACGUCCUCGACUGCCUCAAGUAGCACAUCGUCAACCACAAGAUCGCUUACAAGUUCGUCGUCGUCGACAGGAUCUUUCACCAGUUCUUCCGCGGCUAGUACCUCAUCUUCGACGAGGUCUUUCACGAGUUCGUCGUCUUCCGUCAGCAUAAAAGCCUCAAGCACUGUGACUACAAGUAGCCAGGCGAAUGUCACAUACUUGGUGGAGACUCCGCAGGAUCAGGCAUUGGCAGAUGCAGCAGAAGUCCUCCUAGACGCCAGCCUCCAGCACAUCGGCGCCCUGGUCACUGUGCCAGGUGUCGGCCGAAGCAGUGCCUCGUCCUUCAGUGUGGAGGGCUUGGUGCCUGCUACGCCAAGGUAUGUUGUCGGACAGCUGGAUAGGAGUUUGCUGGCAGCUUUCCCAUUUCCACUUGUGAACCAUUCUGCAGAUGAUGAUCUAUACUUGACUUUUUCCGACUUCGAGGAGGUUCUGCAAGAAGCGGACGUUGUCAGAUUCGUGUCGGGGAGGAGAGCACGCUUGCUAGCCGAUCCAGUCGAUGUGUCUGUGGUCUUCUCCGGUGGACAGCACUGGCCGAUAAAUGUGAGCAUGGAGCAACCAAUCUACAUCCGAGUGGCUCCAACUUUGACCGAGACCAACAGCAUGUGCGCCUUCCUCACGGAGUCCGGUUGGUCUAUGGAAGGAGUAAGACCAGCACUGCCAGAAGAACUGGCUGCAGCAAUGGGAGGCGAGUACCUGCCGGGGUUCUGGUGUGCAACGACACACCUGACGAUCUUUGCAGCGAUACUUGAGCUUGCAGUAGCUUGCACGAACAUCGAGGUGUUAUCAUCGCAGCUGUUGCCCAGACUGCUGGAGACCAGUUGGCCCGCUCGAGCGCCGGCUGUGCUCGUUCUUUCCACCGUGGCCUGCUGCGUGGUGAUCCUGCUGGCUGCAAAUGUUGCCGACCGGAGAGCACGUUUGCGGGACGUGUGGCGGCAGCAGAAUCUGCUGACUGCCAUCCCACCAUCUCGCGUGUCCUGCUGCCCAAGCCUCUGCAGAUGCCAGGGCAAGUCAAGCCAGGCUGGGAAAGAAUCACAGAAAUCGGAGAGCAAAGACGCAGAUUCCACGGGACCACAGCAGCGGAUUGGAACGAUGCUCGGUUCUCUUCAGCCUCGGAGUUGGGCACGGCGAAUGGGCAUCCGGGUCAUGGUAAAAGGAACAUUGCAGUCGCUCGCUCUGCUGCUCUGGGUGGACGAGCAAUCCUUGCAGACCCAUGUGUGGAAUGGACAGGGCUGGGUGCAGGGGAGCCUCGUCUUGGCAAAGUCAAGGCUGCUGGCGAAAUGGACCGCGAAUCUCGAUGAGGAGCUUCCUGGGCUUUAUGCUGCCUGGGGCCGUCGGCGCGGGCGACGUGCAGUCGUCUCCUUCCUUGCCUGCCAUCCCUUUCUGGGCAUCUUCCCGGUGUCGGUGCACCUGACUUCGGCGAAGCGUGCGAUGAUCUUCUCACACUUCCUCUUGGGUUCUUUGGCGAUGUCUUCACUGUUUCUCUCCGUCACUGGGGUCCGGGAUGUGACCAGCGACUUCGACUGCCCCGUCGAGGAUGACACGCUUCGGCUCUUGCUCAUUGCAGCUGUGUCCAUGGCUCUGAACUCACUUCCUCGUCUUUUCUUCUGGCAGCUCGGAUUCCGGAAUUUUUCUGAGGGCGCUGGUGACAAAGAAAAGGUCAGGAAGAAGUGGAGACAGUGGCUGGUCGUGGACACUGUCUUUUGGCUUCUUUCCUUUCUCUGGCAAGCUGGCUACAUCCUUUUCCUUUGUGCGUUCUUGGCCAGUCUGGCUCCAGCAGAUGAGUCGAAAUGUCUCCUCUGUUUCGGCACCAUUCUGGUUGCGAAGUUCUUCGCGUCUCCAUUUUCCAGGAUGUGCCUUCACUUUGUCUUCACAGAGAUCGCUCUUUGUUCAUUCCCUGAUCUCUUGCAGGUGCCUCCACCUGAGCUUGGAUUAGACUUCAUGGCUCCAUCACUGAACGACGAGGUCCUCUCUGCAGGUGAUGGAAACGUCGCGCAGCAGAAGGUCAUCGAGCUGGCAAGUCGGGGCAUCCGUGUGCGGCACCUCUUGGACUUCUACGAAGAGAUGCUGGGUCGAGAGUUUUUUGAUCCGGAGCGAUCUACCACACAUGAUGUCGUCCGACACGCCAUCAUCCCCAUGAGCCUUCAGGGUGUGUUGCCCGCGGAGGAAGGUGAAGAAAUCCUACUAUGGACUGAAGAUGCUGGUGUGACGUUUGAGUCAACGUUUGAGUCUCAGCAGCAUGGGAUUGCCUACGCAAGCAUGGUGAACCAGCUGAAGCCCGUGUUCGCCCUAAAAAUGGUGACCCAUGCUUGGGGCAACGUGUUUCGCAACUUGCUGGCGGCCGUUUUUGCAGAUGCUCUGGGGCAGGAGACCUAUGAUAAGGUGCUACAUUUGCUCGAAGAGCCGGGUUUGAAGACCAUCCGCUUCCAGCUGGCGGCUUUGCAUCAGUUAGACUACCCAUAUUGGAUCUGU